UUUUAAUUGCAAUGAUGGCAGCGGACAGCUGCAAAAGAGAAUCUGCCGAGCGACCAUUUGGCAAGAAAAGUCAAAAACGAAAUCGAAUGUGUUGGCUUACUUCUAGUUUUAAUUUAUACUAAUUCUGUAAUUAAUUAUCACAUAUAAUGCUGUCCAAUUGUAAAUACUCGCGCUAAUUAGUCAAAUUUAUUAGCUAAGUGUAAUAAAGCGGAAGGAGUUGCUUAGUGUUCUUUGUUAGGCGAAAAUUGUUAUAUCAUUAUGAGAAUAGCUUUGUUUAGGGGAUUUGUAGAAGUUUAUUAGUUGUUUUACUGAUGGAUAUUGUCAGUAUGGAGGUGCGGGAAGCAGGAGAUGGCGCGGCGUCCGCCGAAUACGUGCGCCCGCCCUCAAAAAGGUAUACUUGGGCAGAAGUGAGACAAGCAGUUCAUGAUUUGAGGAAGGAGUUAUCGUCGUUGGCUACGAUGGUACCAAUGGCAAUUUCGUUCAGAAAACUUGGAAAUGGAAAGACGAGGAUCUACUUCUUGAGAACUCCUCAGAAUGGAUGGGAAAUUACAUUGUUGUACACUGAUAUAACACAUACAGCGCAGGCCACUAAUGCCAGACUAGAAUGGAAGCCGCUCAUCGAGUCAAACGUAGCCCUCGGCGUGACAUCUGGCAAGUGGUCGCGGGAAGAACAACUCUUACUGGAACGACAGAGAGUGGCCGCUUGGGGAAUCGCAUCGUACGAACUACAUGCAGCCACCGGACGGGUUUUAUUCCCGUGCGCUUCGUCGCUGUUCGUAGCUGAAGAGGGACCUAAUCAGUCGCCGCCCCUAGUCCCUCGCUCGCUCAGCACAGGCGGGGGCUGCGCCCUUACGCCCGCCAUGUGCCCGUGGGCGCCGGCGCUGGUGGCUCACGCGGCGCAUGCGACGUGUAGCAAAAAAGCGCCAUCUCUUGAUCAAACUCAGAACUUUUUCUCUCCAGUCGCCGCCCCUAGUCCCUCGCUCUCAGCACAGGCGACAUAGCAUAACAACGCCAUC